CCCUCGCCAACGCAAUGCACGCAUACACGCCGUACAACACAUAGCCCCAGUCAGCGAUCUAUGCAAUAUUGCUCAAGAUCUCUGGAUCACGAUGCGUGUGCUUAUAUCUUCUGUCGCGCCGUCAGCGCGUUCCCACGACUGUGCACUCCUUCCAUCCCGCCAUGAAUCACUCUGCUCUGAUUUGAACAGCCUUCACGGCCUGUCCACGACCCACGGUCGUCGCCGCUAUGAUCACAAGCACGGUGCUUGAGAACGAAAAUGUCCAGCUCGAAGACGGCCGCAGACUUUCGUACGCGACUUAUGGCAGUCCUGUACCCCGCACCACGGUCUUCUACAUGCACGGCUUUCCGUCGUCGCGGUAUGAGGGGAAGCUGUGGCAUUCGUCAUGCACGAAGCAUAUGAUACGCCUGAUAGCCCCAGAUCGCCCUGGCAUUGGCCUCUCGACGUACAAACCGAACCGCCGUAUUCUCGACUGGCCCGCCGACGUACUUGCACUCGCCGACCACCUCAAGGUAUCGCAGUUCUACAUACUGGGUGUGAGCGGAGGAGCGCCGUACGCGCUAGCAUGCAUAAAGAGGAUACCGAAGGAGAGGCUGUUGGGCGUGAGCGUGGUCAGCGGGCUGUACCCUACGAAGUUCGGCACAUCGGGCAUGAUGCUGCAGUCGCGAAUGCUCUUCUGGGUGGCUCCGUGGCUCACGGGCCUGACUUCGCUCAUGUUUGACACGAGCAUGGGCAAAGCCGCGAGAUGCUCCGAUCCACAGGUCUUUGAAGACAUGUUGGAGCAAGAGGUCGAAAGCCGACACGCUGGUGAUCAAGCUGUUAUGAAAGACCCAAAGCACUGGCCGACGUUUGUCGCCAUGAUGCGAGAGGCUUUCGCACACGGGAGUCGAGGUGCAAGCUGGGAGGCAAGACUGAAGGGUAGCGAAUGGGGGUUCGAACUGAGGCAGCUGUAUAUUAGCAGCGGUGUUGGGUGUCCACUCACCUUGUGGCAUGGCACAGAGGAUGUGAACUGUCCAGCAGCAAUGGCGAAGAAGGCCAAAGCUCUGAUUCCCGGUUCCAGGCUACAUAUGAUGGAAGGGGAGGGCCAUGUGAGCUUCAUAUUCAAAAAGGCCGACGAGAUCCUGGACGAUCUCAUAGGCAUCGAUGAGGAGGAGGAGUUCAUUCAGGUAGGUGUUUAAGUAGCCAUCGCUCUGUUUCGUUGGCCCAAAUGUUACUUGGAGUCGUACCCAGCGAUACACAUGAUAGCAUGCUUCAACAGAAAGUCUUCGUCGCCGGUCGUGCUCACCUCCUGUCUCUGGAUGGUGGAUCUUUGGUUUAUCUAUGAGAGCAUCGCAUAGUUAUGUCCAAGACAGGGUAGGACUGUUCGUGCUAUCGACUUCGUCGUUAGCAUCGCAAUCCAUGUGCCACGAUCGCUCCUUCUGCUUCUUUGUGCUCCAAUCCUCCGAA